AUGGUCACCACUCCAGCGGUCAUCCGGAAAAAGGCAACAUACGGACUCCAGCCUACCAUGCACAAACGCUCGGAGCUACGCGGAACCGAAAAUUUCCUGGCACUGCUGUGGAUGCAGUUAUUGAGGCAGCAGUCCCGGGAGCGCACAAAACAGAUUCAAGCGAACGCGACCAAGCUCAAUUUCUGGGUAGCCGCACGUCGACUUAUUGCCUUGCUACCUGCUUUGUCACCGUUAAGCCGGCCCUCCAGGCCAGAACGAUUAGAUUACCCAUUGUUCGUCCGAGCUCGCGACUCUGGUGUUCGCGCUUCCCCUUCUGGUGAUAUUUAUAGCAGACAUGAAUGA